AUGGGGAAGGCCAGAGUUGUACCUCUCAAACCAAUCACUGUACCACGUCUGGAGCUGACAGCUGCAGUUGUUUCAGUUAGAGUCAGUGCAUUUCUUCAGAGAGAGUUUGUACCUUCAGACACUGAAGAGUUCUAUUGGACGGACAGCAAUGUAGUAAUGGGCUACGUUAGUAACGACUCGAAGCGCUUUCAUGUCUUUGUUGCCAACCGUGUGCAUCAGAUUAGACAACACUCUUCCCCCUCACAAUGGAGACAUGUGGGUACACAGGAUAACCCAGCUGAUAUUGCUUCUCGAGGAGCUACAGUCAACCAACUCCUGUCUUCCUCUUGGUUUACUGGCCCAAAGUUCCUGUGGGAGAGCAACGCAGAGAAGUUCAUUCAAGGUGAUAAGUUUGACGUGAAGUUGGAUGAUCCAGAAGUGAAGAAAGCUCAUGCAAACGUUGUACAUGGUCACUCUAAGCCUUUUACCUUUGAGAUCGAUCGUUUGGACAGAUUUUUCUCUUGGCACAGAGCUAAAAGGGCAGUAGCAAACUGCAUGAGACUGAAGGCGCAUUUGAGAAGGCGAUGUCGAGAGCGAGGUCUGAGCAAGUCAUCCACCACUGGAAAGACUUCAUUCCAUGGUGAGCUACAGAAGCUUACUACAAAGGAACUCAACAAAGCACAAUGUGAAAUACUGAAGACCGUACAGAGAGAUGCAUUCAGUAAUGAACUGACAGCUAUACAGAACCAGUCUGGUAAAGGUAGUGAGAUGAAUGCAAACAAGAGACACAGGCGUAAGCAGCAAGGGUAUAGUCGCUUUCAUCGUCUUGACCCUUUCAUCGACGCUGAUGGGAUACUGAGAGUAGGUGGACGCCUAAGUUCUGCUGAAGGUUCCUAUGAAAGUAAGCAUCCAGCUAUUCUACCUCAGGACCACCAUAUUACAGAGUUGAUAAUACGACAUUGUCACAUUCAGACAGCUUACCAGGGACGAGGUAUGACCAUCAACCAACUGAGGUCCAGCGGCUUCUGGGUCUUAUCUGGGAGCUCAACAGUCUCUAGACUCAUAAGGAAGUGUGUCACAUGUCGUAGGCUACGUGGCGAAUCUCAAUGGCAGAAGAUGUCAAACCUGCCUAAGGACAGAGUUGAGCCUACACCACCCUUCACAUACAGCUGUAUGGACGUGUUUGGUCCAUGGGUAAUCAAAGAAGGCCGAAAGGAACUGAAAAGGUACGGCCUCCUCUUCAGUUGUAUGGCUUCUAGGGCUGUGCACAUUGAGACACUAAAUUCGAUGACAACCGACUCUUUCAUCAACGCUCUUCGACGAUUCCUAUCCAUUAGAGGUCCUGUGCGCCAGCUUCGUUCAGAUAGAGGCACUAACUUCAUCGGGGCUGAAGCUGAGCUAAGAGAAGGUAGUAAUACACACCAGGACAAGAUUCAGGAAUUUCUUCUGAGGAGAGACUGUGAUUAUAUUCACUUCAAAUUCAAUGUCCCUUCGGCUAGUCACAUGGGAGGUGUAUGGGAAAGACAAAUACGCAGUAUACGUCGUGUGCUAGAAACAUUGCUGUAUGAAGCUGGACAGCAGCUUGAUGAUGAGUCCCUGCGCACCCUCAUGAACGAAGCAGCAGCUAUCGUAAAUAGCAGACCUCUGACUGUCGACAAUUUGAAUGACCCUACACAUCCUGAGCCCCUGUCACCGAAUCAUCUUCUGACGAUGAAAACCAACGUGCUGUUGCCGCCUCCAGGACACUUCCAACGAGAGGACUUGUACUCUAGGAAAAGAUGGAGGAGAGUUCAGCAUCUCGCGAACGAAUUCUGGAAGCGUUGGAAGCGAGAGUUUCUCCAGAGUCUCCAAUCACGUCAGAAAUGGACUUGCCCACAGCGUGAAACCUGUAUAGGUGAUGUCGUAAUAAUGAAAGACGACAAUCCAAGAAACCAAUGGACGCUAGCCAGAGUAGUUGAUGUUUACCCAUCCUCGGACAAUCAUGUGCGUAAGGUUAAAUUGGUGACGGGUGAGCCCAAGAUAAACAGUCGCGGGAAGCGAAUCUUCCAACAACGUUAUUUCGAACGACCAAUACAUAAGCUUAUCUUGUUAGUCGCGCAUGAAGACCAGGGGAAAUUCCCUGACAAGGAGCCACAAGGCUAG